GCUAGAAGCUAGCUGCCAUAACUUCCGCUGCAGCAGAAUGGUUAGCAAAUCAGCGAUCACCUAUUGAAAUGGCAGAACAUCGGAAUUAUUUUUCGCCAAUCUUUAUCUGGUUUUGCAAUUGGUGGAUGAUUACCUUAUGCACCCUAACACAAGGCGCGUGUCAGCCACAGGCGAUGAUCAGCUAGCACAAGCUAGCCUGCUUUUCCGAUUCUUUAAGAAAAGUCAAGAGCAAGUCACAGGCACAUUCGAUUAGGUAGUUUGUGAGGCCGUCGGUGCACGUGCACCGGGGAUACACCGGGUACAAUCACCAGUUUGGGUGUUCGUCGUGUAUUGCAUUACACAAAGUAGUGACAUCUGUAUGUGUUAUGUUAUGCAUUUUUUUUACAUCAGUAUGUCUCUAAAGCAACCAUACGAAACUUCCAUACAGCCUACAAUCAUGGUAGCCGCUCCGCACUUGACUGAGCCAUGUGACGGGCCAUCACCCGGGGGAGCACAAACUAUUGUAUCACAUGGCAAUGUCUGCUAGUCUGUAUCAAUCUUGAAUCAAUAGUUAGGGCUAGUUGGUUCGGUACAGAACUUGUCCCUAGAUCCUGUUCUGAUCAAGUUUAGAUGAGAUAACAGCCUACAAUAAUUAUGAAAAAUUACAUUAUAAGGCGUGUAUUGCGUUUCAAGUAUUUGCAUGAAGGAGGAGGAGGUAUUGUGGUGGGUUAACUGUCAUCUGCAGUUGUGUUGAUUGGUCCUCUAUAAAUGUAUGUCCUGUGGGUAGUGUGCAUCUCUCACAGCAAUGGCAACACAAAUAAUUUAUUUCAUGGUGAGCGGGAGACCAGAGAAAGCAGAGUUUCGGGUCAACUGUUCCACUCAAGAUGUUAAAGAUCUGUUCCAGGCAGCAGCGGAAGCAGGUCCUAAUGACAUUCUGAAGUUGUAUAACUCUAGCGGUAACCUCAUCAACAUCUCCCCUCAACUGAAGGCUAAUAAUCCCCAGUCUGCCUACAGUCUGGAGGUGGUGGCCUCAGACUACCACAAUACUGAUCUGACUAUGUCACUUGAAAUGGAUAAACUGGAGAAAAGGUUACAAAGUCUUGAGAGAAAGAUCUUCACAGAAACUGGAGCAGUACCAGAUGCUGUUUGUGAGUUAAAAGACCAAGUGGAGUCCUUCAGAAACAAACUUGAGAACGUGGACCACCUGAGUUGGCUGGGUCUUUUCAAAAACAUGUCUGGGGGGAUAGACAAAUCCUACCCUGCCUCUAGAAGGAACGUGGCCAGCCCUCAUGAGGAGCGGGAGCGAGUUCGCGAAAAAUUCUUACAGAUGAGCUCCCUCGAGAUCACAGAGGAUGUGAAGCAGUACCUCAAAACUCCAAUGUUCGACAACUGGCAAUGGGAAGAUGCAGAGAUGCUGGUGCUGCUGCAGGUGAUGUUCACUGAUCUAGACUUCAUGUCAACAUUCAACAUCGAGCUGGAGGUGCUCCAGAGCUUCCUCUAUGAGGUCUACUGCCAUUACAACAACAUCCCCUUUCACAACUUCAGACACUGUUUUUGCGUCUCCCAGAUGAUGUAUGGACUGAUUUGGCUAACAGACCUGAGGAAUAACAUGGACAGUACAGAUCUCUUCAUCAUGCUCACCUCUGCUCUCUGCCAUGACCUGGACCAUGCUGGUUACAAUAAUGUCUACCAGAUCAAUGCUCAAACAGAGUUGGCGUUGAGGUACAACGAUAUCUCACCUCUCGAAAACCAUCACUGUGCCAUUGCUUUCAGAAUCCUUGCAAAGGCAGAGAGCAACAUCCUAAAAAACCUGACCAACGAGCAGUACAGAAGGAUUAGGGAGGGCAUGAUCCAAUGUAUCCUGGCUACUGACAUGGCCAGACACAAUGAGAUCCUGAACAAGUUUAAAUCCGCAGUGCCAGUGUUUGACUUCACCAACAAAGAGCACAAGGAUGUGCUCAUGAAGAUCCUGAUCAAGGUGAGUGACAUUUCCAACGAGGCCCGCCCCCUGGACGUGGCACGGCCUUGGCUUGACUGUUUGCUCCAGGAGUUCUUCCACCAGGUGAUCAGGGUGAAAUCCAUCCACAUGUUCAGCCAAUGGAAAGUGUUAUUAUAUGUCUAUAUUGUUUACCGAGCAGUGUGUUGGGCAUAACAGCAUCUAGACUUGUAUUAUUUGUUUAAAUCUUCCCUACUGUUGCCCCACAGGCAGAAUACAUGGUCACAUGCCUAGUCAGGGGCUGGUGUUUUACCCCUAUUAUAACUCACUUCGUGGCCUCACAAUCUAUAUCCGGAUUGCAGAGUGACAUGGAGAAGCUGGAAGGUCUUCCCGUCUCUCCGUUCAUGGACAGAGACAAGGUGUCCAAGCCGUCGUCUCAGACAGGCUUCAUUGGCUUUGUGCUUCUGCCUCUUUUCACUGAGCUGACCAACCUCUUCCCCUGCCUGGAGAAACACAUCCUUGAACCAGUACGCAAGGCCCUGGACUAUUACAGGGAGAUGGAGAAAGCAAAGGAACAGCAGAAUCAGAACCCAAGUCCAGAGUGAGGACUUUGACACAUCAUGGAAGGUGUGAUAGUCUUUUAGUCAAUUAUUGCCAUGAGUGACAGUAGAUAUUUUGGUAUACUGUAUUAAACUGAUUAAAUUAGAUUUGUUUUGAAUUUUACACAUGUAUCUAGAAUAAUUGAGUAGCUGUGUGAAAUGAUGGGGCCUUCAGUAGCUGUUUCAAUUAAUUGUUACUUAAUUUUAAUCAAAUUAAUACAUUUGUUUUGUGUUGGUCCAA